AUGCCAUUAUAGAUCACAGAUUCCAUGAAGUGGCCUUUAAAACUUAUUCAUUGUUCGUUAUGUAAUAGCUUGAGGCCUGCUUUUUGUACGUAUAUUAUGACUGCGUAAUAUUACGUUUUCUACUUGCUCGAAACGUGUAUAUAUAAUUAAACGUCGGAGGGAGAAGGAGGAAAGACGAAAACUCAAUAGGCGUUGAAAAGGACAGACAUUAUUUAAUGAUACAUGAAGCGUAUGUUUUUUUCCGAUGGCGAUUACGAUUUCCGUUGCGAGAUAAGUGUCGAGCGGUUCGGUAACGUUGCAGAGCGUCACGUGGUAGCGUACAGCUUCGUAUUAUAAAUUCGAGGAUGAUUCAAAGGUAUAAAAUACCGGAAGUCUCGUGCUGCGAGUUCAGUGUCGAGUGCGGCUUGCGGUGUGUAAGUUACGUGAAGGACGCGAUUAAAAGCCUUGCCGGAUUGUCCGACCGCUAGCUACAACAGGCUACAACUAGCUGCAAAGAUGCUUAUGAGCAUAUUACCGCUGCACGAGCUGCUGCACGUGCUGACCUGGUUGGAGGGCACGUGGAUUACGGACGAGCCCGCAGUGGGCACGUAUCCGACCAUCAAGCCCUUCAACUACUACGACCAGAUCAACAUUACGUCCAUAGGUCAGCCGUUGUUCAACUACGUCGCGCAGAGCUGGCAUCCGGAAACGGGGGUGCCGCUGCAUCGGGAGACCGGCUUCCUGCAGAUCAUACCGGGAACCAAGAAGAUCGCUCUCAGUCUGAUCGACAACAUAGGUCUGUUUACCGUCGAGCAGGGUAAUCUGGUGAACGACGACAACGGUACCGCGGUCGAAUUAAAGAGCACCAAUAUACUCACGACGGACGCAUCGAUACCGUCUUUUCCGACUUUGACAGAGACGCGUCGAGUGUACAGACGCAACGGUGACUACUUGGAGCUCGUCUUCUACAUGGCGACGUCGAAGACACCCGAGCUGACGGAGCAUUUGCGCGCUAGGUAUAGAAAGGUGGCAUGAGGAUCCGCGAAGGAAUAUGUGUACGUGUGCGCGUGUCCGUGACACGAAAAUAGGGAAGAAUCUCUAAAUCUCUAGGAAUUAUCCAUUCGUUACCAGUUUUGUAAUUAUUUACAAAUAGGAAGCAAAAACGUGUCUACCCUCUAGAAACGCAGAAUUAUACAUGUACUCUUUAAUGUAGUUAAUAAAUAACAACGUGGACCUCAUUUAUUAAUGCGGCACGAUGUGUUCGCUCGCACACAU